CGUCCGCUGCGAUGAGCCACCGGGCGAUGCAACCGGUGAAGGUGGAGAACGGCCACCCCUCCUCGGCGACCGCUGCGGCGGCGGCCAACGGCGGCGCGCCGAGGCCGCUGGAGGGGCUCGCGGACCACGCCGGCCCGACGCCGUUCCUCGCCAAGACCUACGACAUGGUCGACGACCCCACCACAGACGCCGUCGUGUCCUGGAGCGCCACCAACAACAGCUUCGUCGUCUGGGACCCGCACCUCUUCGGGACCGUGCUGCUCCCGCGAUACUUCAAGCACAACAACUUCUCCAGCUUCGUACGACAGCUCAACACCUACGGCUUCAGAAAGGUAGAUCCCGACAGGUGGGAAUUUGCAAAUGAAGGAUUCUUAAGGGGGCAGAGGCACCUUCUUAAAAAUAUUAAGCGUCGCAAACCUACGCAUGGGUCUCCAAAUCAGCAAUCUCUUGCCUCCUACCUUGAGGUGGGGCACUUUGGAUAUGAUGGGGAAAUGGAUCAGUUGAAAAGGGACAAGCAGCUCUUGAUGGCUGAAGUGGUGAAGCUCAGGCAGGAGCAACAGAACACAAGGUCAAAUCUUCAAGCCAUGGAACAGAGGCUGCAAGGAACUGAGCAGAAGCAGCAGCAGAUGAUGUCCUUCUUGGCACGAGUCAUGCAGAAUCCUGAAUUCAUACGCCAGCUGAUCUCCCAGAGUGAGAUGAGGAAGGAGCUCGAAGAAGCCAUCUCUAACAAGAGAAGGCGCCGCAUCGAUCAGGGACCAGAAGUUGUUGAUAGCAUAGGCACUGGCUCUAGCCUCGAGCAAGGGUCACAGGUAAUGUUUGAGCCGCAUGAGCCGGUGGAUUCGUUUGUCAAUGGCUUUGCACCCGAUCUUGAAAGCUCGUCUGUGGGGACGAAAGGAGCCAAAGUGCAACAGGGUGCCACUUCUAGCAGCUCUGGGCAACUGAGAAGCAGGCCCAGUGGGGAGCUGAAUGAUGAUUUCUGGGAGGACCUACUCCAUGAAGGGGGGCUCGGUGAUGAAGCUGGCAACUCUGUGGAUCCAGAUGACACGAACUUGUUGCUUUAGAAGAUGGACUACCUCAAACUCAAACAACACGAAAUCCUUACAGUAGCUUAUUUCAUUCUAACACAUCCCUGCAUCUCGGAUGAUCUUUGCCGCCAUGCCUGUAAUUAUGUCAGCCCAGUAGAUUGCUGUGUCUAUCAUAUUAUCCUGGUGAUGCCUUAAUGCUGUCAAUACCA